UGACAAUUUUAUUAUUUAGCAUAUAAAGUCUCACGUAAUUACAAAACAGUACGAUUGUUCGCUGACUCUACAGUUUACACACAGAAUAAUUCACCCAGAAUUCAUAAUUUUGCCUCUUUCGCUUUGUCUUCCCUGCAAUUUUUCCAAAACCCUAUACCCUGUAAUUUAAUGCAACGGUCUCCAUUUCACUCUUCCCGCCACGGGUUCUCGCCGCCGAUCAAUUAUGACCGCCGUGGUGAAGUCCGUGGGCGGCCACCUUCCUACCACCACCACAACCACCAGGGGAAGCCCCAAUUGAAUCCCAACUACCGCCGGGAUCGACCUCCUGAGCCCACCAGGCCUAUUCCCUCUCGGCCCAACUUCGUUGUUCAGCUUCGGUGGAGUUCUAACUGCCGGGGUGUUAAUAAGUCGGUAACAGAAGGGCUGAUUUCGAAAUUGCAGUUCCAACCGGAAAGUUUUAGGGUGAAUGAGAGUGGGGACGUUCUGGGUUUCUUGUGUUAUCGGCAGUGGUGUGAAGCCCUCGAGACCAUGGUUCAGUUGUGGGAGCUUCGGCUUCAAAAGGGACAUGUCUUGACGCCGAGGUUGAUCCAAAAUGUGCAGGUGCCGUCUGAUACAGACGAGCUGAAUGAUCGGUUAAAAUCUCUGUUCCUGUCGGAGUUGAAAGCCUUAUUUGAGGGUGAGUUGGUGAAGAAGUGGGAGGAGAAGUUAGAGCGGGUGUCGGAUGGGAUGAGGGAGGUUAAUUUGGCCUUAGCGAAGCCCAAACAAUUGAGGGUUUUUCACGAGCUGAAGGAGAAGCAGGAUGGGUUUAGGCAAGAGGAGAAUAUGAUUAAGAAGAGAAUUAAGGAGUUCAAGAACGGAAUUCAGUGUUUGGUAGAUUAUCUGGAGGGAAAAGGGGACGAAGAACCCGACAGUUUGGGAUUGAAAGUUGGGGUUUUCAAGUUUGGGAGAGAAUUUGAUUGGGAAAGGAUUCAUUACUUAAUGGUCAGGGAAUGCCGGAGGCUCGAUGAUGGAUUGCCUAUUUUUGCAUGGCGGAGGGAGAUUCUGCAGCAAAUUCAUGGCCAGCAGGAUAUUGAAUUUGGAUAUGGAAGUUUGGUGUCCCUCCAGACCACUGAGUUAGGUCGGAAUACUUUGUUGAUAGACAUUAUACUUGAAACUAGUGGCUAUGAAGCAAUUCAUUUGCUAGUCUUUCCAGAGUGUUUAGUUAGGUUUGAAAAGGUUAUAGUUUUGGUUGGGGAGACUGGCUCUGGGAAGAGUACGCAAAUCGUUCAAUUUCUUGCUGAUUCAGGAGUUGCUGGAUCUGGGUCCAUCAUUUGCACCCAGCCUCGUAAACUUGCUGCUACUUUGUUGGCUCAGAGGGUUAGGGAAGAAAGUGAUGGUUGCUAUGAAGAUAACUCAGUCAUCUGUAUUCCAUCUUAUUCAUCUCUGUCGCAGUUUAGGUCCAAGAUAAUAUUCACCACAGAUAAUUGUUUAUUGCAGCAUUAUAUGAGUGAUAAGAAGCUAUCCCAGGUUUCGUGCAUUAUAAUCGAUGAGGCUCAUGAAAGAAGUUUGAACACUGAUCUUCUUUUGGCGAUGAUUAAGAAGUUACUUUGCCAGAGGCUUGAUUUGAGGCUUAUUAUUAUGUCAGCAACAGCUGAUGCUGACCAGCUAGCAAGGUACUUUUUUGAUUGUGGAACAUUUCGUGUCAAGGGACGAAACUUUCCUGUUGAUAUUCGUUACAUGCCUCCUGAAUGCGAGGGAAAAUCUGGUUCUGGCAUGGAUGUUUCAUAUGUUUCUGAUGUGGUGAAGAUGGUUUCUGAGAUUCACAGAACAGAGAAAGAUGGGACGAUUCUUGCUUUUGUGACCUCUCAGAUGGAUGUUGAGUGGGCCUGUGAGAACUUUCAAUCCUCUUCCGCCAUUGCCCUACCUUUGCAUGGAAAACUAACCUUUGAGGAGCAACAUAAAGUUUUUGUCAACUAUCCAGGUAAGAGAAAGGUAAUAUUUGCAACAAAUGUUGCUGAGACCUCUUUAACCAUUCCAUGUGUCAAAUAUGUGGUGGAUUCAGGCAUGGUGAAGGAGAGUAAAUUUGACCCUAGUACUGGCAUGAAUGUCCUCAGGGUUUGCCGCACCAGUAAGAGUUCCGCAAACCAACGCGCUGGUCGUGCUGGAAGGACUGAACCUGGGAGGUGCUACAGACUUUACUCUGAGAAUGAUUUCGAGCAAAUGUCUGCUCAUCAGGAGCCUGAAAUUCGGAGGGUUCAUCUAGGUGUGGCUGUUCUGAGGAUUCUUGCUUUGGGUUUCAAGAAUGUACUGGAUUUUAAUUAUGUUGAUGCCCCUGAAACUGAAGCGAUUGAGAUGGCCCUUAGAAAUCUUGUUCAACUUGGAGCUGUUGCACCACAUGAUGAUGUGUUUGAAUUGACUUCAGAAGGGAGAGAAUUAGUUAAGCUGGGUAUUGAACCGCGGCUUGGUAAAAUUAUUCUUGAAUGCUUUAAUCAUCGCCUUGGUAGGGAAGGCCUUGUUCUUGCUGCUGUUGUGGCAAAUUCAAAUAGCAUAUUUUGCAGAGUUGGUACUCAAGAAAGCAAGUUGAAAUCUGACUGUCUUAAGGUCCAAUUUUGUCAUCAUGGUGGUGAUCUCUUCACUUUGCUUAAUGUUUACAAGGAGUGGGAAGCUGUCCCAUGUGAAAGAAGAAAUAUCUGGUGUUGGGAAAAUAGCAUCAAUGCGAAAUCGAUGCGAAGAUGCCAGGAGGCAGUACAAGAGUUGGAUUGGUGCCUUAAAAAUGAACUCAAUAUGAUCAUACCAAGUUAUUGGAAAUGGGAUCCCCAGAUGCAGACACGGCACGAUGAGACCCUGAAGAGUAUCAUACUCUCUGCUUUUGCAGAAAAUGUGGCCAUGUACUCUGGUUAUGAUGACCUUGGUUAUGUAGUUGCACUUACAGGAAAACAUAUUCAACUUCAUCCUUCUUCUUCUUUACUUGUGUUUGAUCAAAGACCUAGUUGGGUUGUUUUUGGUGAAAUUCUUUCUGCAUCUUACCAAUAUCUGGUAUGCGUUUCUUCUAUUGACUUCAAAUCAUUUUCUGCUCUUAGUCCCCCUCCACUGUUUGAUUUUUGUAAGAUGGAUAAGGAGAGGCUUCAAAAGAGAAUUUUGACAGGGUUUGGCUGUUUGUUGUUGAAAAGGUUCUGCGGGAAAGGUAAUGGUAACUUGAAUUAUCUUGUUUCACAACUCAGGAAAGAAUACUUGGAUGAACGAAUUGGAGUUGAAGUUCAAGUCGACAAGAAUGAGGUUCACUUGUAUGCUGCUCCCAAAGACAUGGAGAAGGUUUGUGGCAUUGUGAAUGAUGCACUGGAGUAUGAACUCAGAUUAUUGCAGAAUGAGUGCUCCGAAAGAUGUCUAUUUAGUGGAGGACCCAAAGUCUCUUCUAGUGUUGCUCUUUUUGGAGCUGGUGCUGAGAUCAAGCACCUGGAGCUUGAGAAGAAAUGUUUAACUGUUGACGUCUUUCAUUCCAAAAUGAACUGUGUUAAUGACAAAGAGUUAUUGAUGUUUAUGGAGAGAGAGACGGGUGGUGCUAUUUGUGGUUUCCAUAAGUUUUCAUGUAUUGGGCAAGAAAGCAAGGUACCAGAAGAUUGUAUUAGGAUUACAUUUCUGUCACCUGAUGCUGCGAGGAGAGCUACUGAGCUCAAUCAGGCUGAGUUCUGUGGAGGCUUACUAACGGUGAUUCCUUCUCGGAACAGCUAUGCCAGCGACCAUAAAAUGCUACCCUUUUCUGUUUUGAAAGCCAAAGUUUCUUGGCCACGCAGAAUUAGUAAAGGUAUGGCAAUUGUAAAGUGUCAGGAAGCGGAUGUUUCUGCCUUGGUGCAUGAAUUAUCCAAUGUAAUAGUUGGAGGAAGGUAUGCACGUUGUGAACAAAGCACAAAGUAUACGGACAGCGUGGUGCUUAAAGGACUUGAUAGACAAAUUUCUGAAGAUGAAAUUUUUGAAGUUUUAGCCCCGGUGGCAAGUAGGAAGAUAUUGGAUGUGUUCUUGUUGAGAGGAGAAGCUGUUGAAUACCCCUCACCUGCUGCUUGUGAAGAAGCACUUCUGAGAGAAUUAUCUUCUUUUAUGCCUAAAGGCAACCCUCUUGGUACCUUUGUCCGUGUUGAGGUGCUUCAACCAGAACCAAAGGACACUUACAUGAGAGCUACGAUUAUGUUUGAUAGCAGUCUACAUCUGGAGGCUGCAAAGGCUUUGGACCAAAUAGAUGGGAAAGCAUUACCAGUUUGUCUUCUUUGGCAAAAGAUGAAAUGUCAACAUUUGUUUCGUAGCUCUGUCUCAUGUCCUGAACCUGUGUACAAUGUGAUACGUGAUCAGCUGAACGCCUUAGUCGCAAGCUCCCGCAGAAGAAAAGGAGUUGAUUGCACUAUAGUACAAAAUGAAAAUCGCUCAUAUCGAGUAAAUAUAUCUGCACCUGCCACCAAAAUUGUGGCAGAGCUUAGAAGACCGAUUGAGGUGCUGAUGAGAGGCAGCAUUGUUGACCAUGAAGCCAUAACACCCUCAGUUUUGCAGCAACUUUUUUCUCGUGACGGUGUCGUACUUAUGAAGGCGAUUCAGAGGGAGACAGGAUCCUACAUCCUUUUUGACAAGCAGGCCCUCAGUGUUAGGGUCUUUGGUGCAGAAGACAAGAUUCAGGUGGCAAAACAGAGACUUAUCAGAUCCCUUCUGACACUACAUGAGAGCAAGCAACUGCAAGUCCAUCUUCGCGGUUCUGGGCUACCUCCAGAUAUGAUGAAGAGGAUUGUUCAGAAGUUUGGUCCUGAACUUCAUGGGCUUAAAGCAAUGUUUCCGGGUGUUGAUUUUUCCUUGGAUACUAAACACCAUUGCAUCUCUCUAAGAGGUGCAAAAGACGUGAGGCCUAAAAUUCAAGCAGUUAUUCAUGAGAUUGCGCAAGACAGUGAUUCAUCAACUGAUAAAAGUUAUGAAGAGGACUCCUGUGCCAUCUGCUUUUGUGAAGUUGAGGAUGGUUACAAGCUUGAACAAUGUAGACAUGAGUUCUGCAGGUCAUGCUUAGUUGAGCAGUGCGAGUCUGCAAUUAAAAGUCAGGGCAGCUUUCCCAUCCGGUGUGCAAAGAUGGGGUGUGGGGCUUGUUUCCUACUUACAGAUUUGAGGUCUCUGAUGGUAGGCGAGAAGUUUGAAGAACUCUUCCGGGCUUCUUUAGCUGCAUUUGUUGCAGCUAGUGGGGGAACUUUCAGAUUUUGCCCUUCUCCAGAUUGUCCUUCAGUUUAUCAAGUCAGUGAUUCUGACGCCCCAUUUUUAUGUGGUGCGUGUUAUGUGGAGACAUGCCGGAGAUGCCACCUUGAGUAUCAUCUGCUCCUGUCGUGUGAGCAGUACAAGGAGUUCAAAGAUGAUCCAGACUCUUCCUUGAAGGUAUGGUGCGCCGGAAAAGAAAAUGUCCAGAGGUGCCCGGUUUGUACUUGUACGAUUGAGAAAGUGGACGGUUGCAAUCACAUCGAGUGCAGAUGCGGCCGGCAUAUCUGUUGGGUCUGCCUGGAACACUUUGUAACCAGUGAUGAUUGCUACAACCAUUUAAGGUCUAUACAUGAAGCCAUUAUCUGAUGAAAUGAAAUGUAACACCACGUGAAGUACGCACUGUAUUUAUUCAUCAUCCCUUAAUGAAUGAAGCUGCCUGUUGUAAAUAUCCAUUUACUUUAACCAUUCUGAACUGUCCCUUUAGAGCUCGAUAACAACAUAUGAUUCACAUAACCUACCUCGUUUGAGUUUCAUCUGGGCGGUUAAUUGUACUAUUACGAUUAGAGAAUGCAAUCAAUUAACACAUCAUUUGGCUUUCAGUGUCUCCAACAGGACCACCAAUGAAGUUGUAUUUACUAGCAGAAGAUAAAAUGUUAGGAUAUUGUACAAAUAUUUUGCAAAAGACAGGAAAGAAAAAUGAAGGAAAAAAACAAAAAAGAUCCUUAACAAGGUUGAAUGAUCAAUGCUGGUAACUGGAUGAAGAGAAUAAACUGAAGAUUCCAACACCAGCAAUACUCAUACAGAUUGCUGUUACUGCAACUAACCAUUUCAUGCUCUGUCCAGCUCCUCCAUCAUUGAAUUCACUCCAAUUCACUUCAUCAGGAUCUGAUUUCUCUUUGAUUCUUCCUCUAUCUUGCUUAGAAACUCUUCCAACUUCCAAUUCCAUCAUUCUCACCCACUGUUUAUAAGCAAACAAGUCCAUUGAUUGUCUGAGCAAGAAAUCAGCCAGAUCAUCCUUCUCCUUACACAAAGCAGCAGCUUUCUUCUCUGCUUCUCUUGCUCUGGUUUGGGACAAUCUCAAGGCUUUCAGAAGCUCCAAUUUCUCAUCCUCGUACUUUUCAUCCUUAUUAUUUAAACCCUUCUCCUCUUUCUUCCCAUCAUCAUCAUAAGUACCAUAAACAAUAUUCAUAGGAGGCGACACAAUUGUCUUCUCCUGUCCUGCAUAAACCUUCAUCGGCGGCGGCAAAUCACAAUUCUGCAUCAGAUCAAAACCAAACUUUGGAGAUUGAAAAAACCCAGAAGCCAUUAAUUCUUCUUCUUCUUCUCUUCCGUACGAUCCUCCCCGAUUUUCUCUCUUGCCAGCCAUUUUCCGGCCGGUCAUCAAUUGGUUGCUGCUGCUGCAACUAUCUUAAAAGCCCAGAUGAGAUAUCAAUUCUAAAAAUCCCAAUUUCCUUCUUUGUUUCUCUUUUCUCUUUUUUUCCCUUUCCCACCAGAAUGAUGAUAAGAGUAAGGUGGAUGAUGAUGGAAUCAUAAAGCCGAAGGAAGAUGAGGAUUGGAGGGGAGUAAACCCCGGUGCAAGUCAUUCAAUUGAAUGAGGUUUCAUGGGACUAGGCGGGACCCAUAUAUUUGGUGUAAUAAACUGAUAAAGAUUAAAGUGUUUGGUGGGCUAAUUGUGUAAUAUAUUUGCAUUUGAAACGGACUAUUAUACAAUUUCUUCGUGGAAAAUAAGGAAAAGAGUUCUUUUCUUGCGGGCAGAGAAGCGAAGAAAUUCCUUGUCAAUAGAUUCCGUGGGAAGAAACGAAACGAAAGCAUAAUGAGACCAUAAAUUUCAAUUGGCUAUUUAAAGAUUUGAUGAUUUCCUAAAUGCUCCACUAGACUCGAAUCUAAAUUAGUUAUAUGCAGUAAAUUUGAAUAACGAAUACAAAAUGUG